AUGGUGUACGCUGCUUUUCCUCCUGUUGUUAAUCCUCGUACCAAAAUUGCUUAUAUUACUGCUCCGAUAAUUGGAAUAUGUUGUUUAUUACUCGCCGCAUUCUUGAUCGCAACUGCAAUUGUACUUUCAUUGAUACCAAUCUAUUUGCCUCGAAAAAGUGUUUCGUGGAGAGCCCCAACUUAUCUUCUGACACUCAAUUAUGAUGGUUCAUUAGGUAGUGAUGGUUCUUUAGAUAGUGCAGCUCGUGAAGCUUUUGCUCGUAAAAUCGAACAAUUACUUGGUUUAUCAGAAGGUGCUGUAAGAGUGGUACAAGGUACUGUUGUGACACAAGCAAAUAAACGUAAACGACGAGGAUUGUACGUUAUUUUUUUACUUAAAAAAGAUAGAAACAAAAGAAAACAUCAUGCUUAUUUUAGUCCUCUUUCACGAUUUCAUCGUGGAAUAACAGGUCAAGGUAUACAAAGAAUUAUCUUACAAUUUACAUUCAGCCAAAAUAAGUGUAAUGAUAACUGCCGAAAACCAAAUUUUGCUACAAAGAUUUCACAAAGUUCAAUUGUAGUUGAAUUUACAUAUAAUGGAGUCAAAUUUACGCUUACAGCAAAAAUAGAUGUCAGUGUAUUAACUGAAUAUACAACUCCACCAACUUUAGCCUCUGAUACAACAACAAUUACUACUGCAGCAAUAAUAAUAAAUACCGCUGCUGUAACAACACCAUCAAUCGCUGCUGUAACAACGACAACAUCUACCGCUGCUGUAACAAUAACAACAUCUACCACUGUUGCAACGACAUCAUCUACCACUACUGUAGCAACGACAACAUCUACCGCUGCUGUAACAAUAGCAACAUCUACCACUACUGUAGCAAUGACAACAUCUACUACUAUUGCAACAACAACAUCUACUACAACAACUGUGUCAUCAACUCCAAGUAUUGGUUAA